CUCCUUCGUUUCGUUCCCUCGCCCACUCCGUCGCCUCGCGCGAGUGGAUUCCAAUUUUGCAUCCUAAAAGAAACAACGACGAAAGAUUUGCUGCAGUUCCAGGGUCCUCGACGCUGAUUCGGCGAUCUCCUUGGGAAGCCGAGGCAGCAACUGGUAGAUAGAUCGAGGGCGGCAGCAGGGAAGGGAUGGACCAGAUCAUGGGGAAGGUGGGCGGCUACUGGUUCAACCAGAAGGCCAACAAAGAGCUCGACGACAUGAACUCGAUCUCUAGCAGCAUCGGAGAUGGAGCUAAAUGGAUGGUCAACAAAAUCAAAGGGAAGAUGCAGAAACCGCUGCCGGAGUUCCUCAAGGAGUACGACCUCCCAGCAGGCCUGUUCCCGCAGGACGCGACGAACUACGAGCUGAACGAGGACACCAAGCUCCUGACGGUGUACAUCGCGUCGCCGUGCGAGGUGGGCUACAACGACUCGUCGGUGCUGCGCUUCGCCACCACCGUGACGGGGUACCUGGAGAAGGGGAGGAUGACCCACGUCGAGGGCCUCAAGACCAAGAUCCUCAUCUGGACCAAGGUGACGGAGGUACGGACCGAGGCCACCAAGGUGCACUUCGCCGCCGGCAUGAACAAGGCCAGGAACCGGGACGCGUACGAGGUCGUCAGGGACGGCAUCGCCGUAGACAAGUUCUAGCAGACCUUGUUAAUUAGGCGCGUAAUAUAACAGCUCGAGCGAGCGGAGCCACCAGCAGGGUGUAUGCGUGCGUGCAGUGCAAUGCAGCUAUAGUGGACGUGAAGCUUUUCCUUUCCAUGAUUAGGAAAGCGUGAACCACGGCGACCCUCUGGACAGGCGGCUGUACCAAUACAUACAUGUUCUUGCUAGUCUGUGACAAUUGACAAAGCUGUACUGUUCGUCAUUGCGAGAGUGAUCAUUUAGGCAUGUCUGCUCUGUACCGCCGAAAGAAAGAAAUGAUGUGUACAUUGACCAACCUGUAGAUUGGGUUGUUUG